GCCUCAACUUCGCUCCCAUUGCACCGAUAGCCCAACCGUGCCAUAACAGAGAAAUUCGAAUCAAAAUGUCGAAAAAACUCCAAGCCACCCUCACAACAAGCCUGACGCUCGUGGAGCAAUUACAGGGAGUCAUCUCCUCUCCUAUCGGAGAUGCAACGUCCGUCGAGCUCUCCGGAAAAGACGCCUUACCCCUCCUAUCGGCCUCGGCCACGACUCUGAAGUCGCAAGCUACCAAGCUCUCGCUUGUUGCGAUCAAUGCCCCCUUUACCCCAUCGGCCGUGGCAACCGUUCUCUCCGCCGUGAAUGAAUCUGUGCUUCCAUCCCUCGUCACGGCAGCGCUGCUCGUUACCCCAGCCGACCACACCAAAGCGUUCCAGACUGAAGUGCGGGUUCUCGUCCAGACGACCCUGAAAGAAACUGCAGCCCUCCUCCAAGAGGUCCAGGAUAUCGCCAAGAAGGACGAAGCUCAAAAGAAAGAGGGCGACCUGUCUCAGUCGGAGAAGGAUGCUGUCACGAUAGCGGCAGGGCGCUUGUGGGAGUCUUGCGACGUCUUGAUCGAUAUCGCGGCCAAGGGAGUGGUCGGGUUCGUGAUCCAACGGGUGGAGGAAUGGAGGGAUCUCGUGCGGGACGCGGUCCAGGAAAUCGAGGAGUGGGACCCUGAUGAGGAAGGCGAUGAGUUCUUCGACGAACUUUUGAGCGAUGACGGAAAGGCCGAGGAUGAUUCAGAGGAGGAUGAAGAUGAAGAUACCGCUGCUCUCCAUGCGCAGAAGAAGUCGACUCUCCGGGUUCUCAAACCCGUCGCCCAGAUAUACCCCGCUAUUGUCGCGAACCGAUUAAAGAAGACUUCCAACGCUUCGGCAUCCGUCAGCAAACUUGAAUCCCUGAUGAAAGAACUGCAGCAGAUUCCCGGACAUGUCGAUGAGAUAGCGGGGACGUUGUACGAAGCAAACCUAGAGGGAUCGGUCCAGUAUCUCCGCAAGACGAAGGACUCUGCCGUCAAGGCCGUCAACCUAGUCACUCUGCCCUUGGAUGUGACGGGCUCGGCCGACACUCAACAAGACAAGGAGGACAAGUUCACAGCCUGGGCCAGGACCUGGCUGAAAGUGAUGGAAGAAGUUAGCAAGCCUGUUAGUGACUAGUAUUCUUAGGUACUAAAUAUGAUUCAAACACCGGCUCUUUGAUUAAGGACGGGAAAAGAGUCAAAGAGGUCUGGUAUCUCCCCGGUUUUGUGUAGCCGGGUCGAGGGAUUCCAGAUACCAAAGAAUUAUACGUAUGUGCGUUUGGGAUGAAAUAAUAUACAUAGUUUAAUAAUCCGAAACC